UCAUUAUUUAUUCAUUAUCAUGUUUUCCAUACACAGUCAAUGUACAAUUAAAAAACUAAAAUAAAUUCCGCAGAGUGCUUGCUUGACGCAGCCUGCCUUCUCCCUCCAGGAAGCCCAGCGUCCAGGGUUGAGCGUCGGUUAGCAACCAGGUAAAAGGUAUUAAUUAGGAAUGGAAUCCCAGCGGAGGCGUGUCCUGACGUCCAUCUUCUUGAUGACCCUCCUGGUCUCAUCGGCCCACUGCCUCGAAUUUGGUCGGAAGAAGAAGAAGAAGCCCGAUGGUCCCAUCAAGACGGUUGUGAUUCUGGUGAUGGAGAAUCGGUCCUUUGACCACAUACUCGGCUGGCUCAAAUCUUCCCGCCCCGACAUCGAUGGCCUCACUGGCCACGAGUCCAACCGCCUGUCCACCUCGGAUCCCUCCUCUCCCGAGGUCUUCGUCUCCGAUGAUGCCGUCUUCAUCGACUCCGAUCCAGGCCACUCCUUCCAAGCCAUCCGUGAGCAGAUCUUCGGGUCGGAAGACACCUCCGCCGACCCCGCCCCCAUGAACGGCUUCGCCCAGCAGGCCGAGUCCAUGGGGGAGGGCAUGGCCCGCACCGUCAUGAGUGGCUUCACCCCCGACUCCGUCCCCGUCUACACGGCCCUGGUCAACGAGUUCGCGGUGUUCGACAGAUGGUUCGCCUCAGUGCCCACCUCCACCCAACCCAACCGGUUCUAUGUCCAUUCGGCCACAUCCCAUGGGGCCUCCAGCAAUGUGCGAAAGGACCUCAUCCACGGCUUCCCACAGAAGACCAUCUUCGACUCGCUGGAUGAGUCCGGCCUCAGCUUCGGGAUCUACUAUCAGAAUAUCCCGGCGACGCUCUUCUUUAAGAGCCUCCGGAAGUUGAAGCACAUUACCAAGUUCCACAACUACAAGCUCACCUUCAAGCUUCACGCCAAGUGGGGCAAACUCCCCAAUUACGUUGUCAUUGAGCAGCGCUACAUGGACGUGGAGCUCUUCCCGGCCAACGAUGACCACCCGUCGCACGACGUCGCUCGUGGCCAGAGGUUUGUGAAGGAGGUGUACGAGACGCUCCGGUCCAGCCCGCAGUGGAACGAGACCGCGCUUCUCAUCACCUACGAUGAGCAUGGCGGCUUCUAUGAUCAUGUCCCCACGCCCGUCUUCAAUGUGCCCAAUCCGGACGGCAUCAUUGGCCCAGACCCCUUCUUCUUCAAGUUUGACAGGUUGGGCGUCAGAGUCCCCACCAUCCUAGUCUCCCCCUGGAUCGACAAGGCCACAGUGAUCCAUGAGCCUAAUGGGCCUACUCCAUAUUCUCAUUUUGAGCAUUCAUCUAUUCCUGCAACAAUAAAGAAAUUGUUCAACCUUAAUUCAAAUUUUCUGACUAAGAGGGAUGCAUGGGCGGGUACCUUUGAGAGCUACUUCUCCAUCCGCAAGAGUCCUCGAACUGAUUGUCCUGAGAAACUCCCAGAAGUUACCAAGUCACUUAGGCCGUUUGGACCGAAGGAAGAUGCUGCACUUUCAGAAUUUCAGAUGGAGCUGAUCCAGCUUGCAUCUCAGCUGGUUGGUGACCACGUCCUCAAUACCUAUCCAGAGAUUGGAAAAGGCAUGUCUGUGGGUGAAGCUAAUCAAUAUGCAGAGGAUGCAGUUGCAAGGUUUCUGGAAGCUGGAAGGGCUGCACUGAGGGCAGGGGCCAAUGAGUCUGCAAUUGUGACCAUGAGGCCUGCACUCACUAGCAGGACCAGAUUGCUCUUCUUGCCAAACAUCAUGAAUAUGGCAGAGGCCUUGGAGGCCAGCGUGGUUGAAUCAGUGAAUGCCAUUUACCUUCUCUUCUCAUCAUAUCUUGUCUUCCUAAUGCAGCUCGGCUUCGCCAUGCUCUGUGCUGGUUCAGUCCGGGCCAAGAACGCCAUGAACAUCAUGCUCACUAAUGUCGUGGAUGCUGUCGUAGGCACGGUCUCCUACUACCUGUUUGGCUUCGCCUUUGCCUUUGGCUCUGGCACCAAUCCUUUCAUCGGAACUUCUCUAUUUGCACUCAAAGGCAUCCCUAACGAAAGCUACGACUACUCCUACUUCCUGUACGAAUGGGCCUUCGCCAUUGCUGUGGCCGGUAUAACAAGUGGGUCCAUAGCCGAGCGCACCCAGUUUGGCGCCUAUCUAGUCUUCUCAUUCCUCCUCACUGGAUUCGUGUAUCCGGUGGUGGCUCACUGGGUGUGGUCGCCGACUGGGUGGCUCAGCCCCAACUACAGUGGGUCCAGCGGUUUGCUGUUCGGAGCUGGAGCCAUCGACUUCGCCGGGAGCGGAGUGGUGCACAUGGUGGGGGGCGUCGCAGGACUCUGGGGGGCGAUUAUAGAGGGCCCGAGAGUGGGCCGGUUCGACGCGUUUGGGAAGCCUGUUGCGAUGCGCGGGCACAACGCCACACUAGUCGUCCUCGGCACCUUCUUGCUGUGGUUCGGCUGGUUUGGUUUCAACCCCGGCUCUUUCAAUAAGAUCCUCGUCCCUUACCCAGAUGCCCCCUACCAGGGCAACUGGACCGGGGUCGGCCGCACUGCCGUCACUACGGCACUUGCCGGCUCCACCGCCGGCCUCGUCACCCUCUUCGGUCGUCGGUUGCUGGUCGGCCACUGGGACGCACUGGACGUGUGCAAUGGGCUUCUGGGAGGCUUCGUGGCCAUAACUUCGGGCUGCUCUGUUGUGGAGCCGUGGGCCGCCCUGAUCUGCGGUUUCGUCUCGGCGUGGGUCCUCAUCGGGCUUAAUGCAUUGGCCUUGAAGCUCAGAUUCGAUGACCCACUGGAAGCAGCUCAGUUGCAUGGAGGCUGCGGCGCAUGGGGGCUCCUCUUCACGGGGCUGUUCGCCAAGGAGGAGUUGGUGGUCCAGGUGUACAACUCGGGUGAGGUUGGGUUGAGACGUCCCUUCGGGCUCUUGAUGGGAGGUGGAUGGGGCCUGCUGGGAGCCCAGGUUGUAGAGCUCCUGGCGAUCCUAGGGUGGGUCAGCAUCACCAUGGCCUUGCUUUUCUUAGUCUUGAGUAAGCUACGCCUGCUCAGGAUAUCCGUGGACGAGGAGCUGGCGGGUCUCGACGUCUCCCGUCAUGGUGGUUAUGCAUAUGCUGACGACAACCAUCCACGGUUCUACGGAGAGUAUCUGAGGAUCCAAGACGAGGCUCGCUCCUGAAAGACAAAGCCCUUGUUCUCUGCCUCUACCUGCCCUCCCUGCUAUCUGCCUAUUCAACGCCGAGGCAUCGAAUGGAAUCAUAUUGUCAUUGAUUUUUUUUCAUUUUUAAUCAUGAAAAUCGUAUUUUCUUUGUCA